UCUCGACUCAAUAUGUCCAUGAUACCCAGAUGCUCGAAUCUCAUCCUCGACAUCGGGGAUGUUCUCUUCACAUGGUCUCCGAAGACGUCCACUUCGAUCUCCCCCCGCACCAUGAAGAGCAUACUGUCAUCGACGACCUGGCACCAAUACGAGACCGGGCACAUUUCACAGGGCGACUGCUACCGCCUCAUAGGCAACCAGUUCUCCAUCGAUCCUCAGGAAGUCGGACUUGCAUUCCAACAAGCUCGGGACUCAUUGCAGCCUAAUGUUGACUUCAUUCACUUCAUCCGCGCCCUCAAGGCGGAAUCACACGGGACGCUGCGCGUCUUCGCUAUGUCCAACAUCUCUCAGCCCGAUUACGCAGUUCUUCGGACUAAGGACGCCGACUGGGCCGUUUUUGACGAUAUAUUCACGUCUGCAGAUGCUGGGGUUCGAAAGCCACACCUUGGGUUCUACAAGUUGGUACUCGGAAAGAUCGGCGCCGAUCCAAACGAUACCGUCUUCGUCGAUGACAAGGGGGACAAUGUCCUCUCUGCACGGUCUCUCGGCCUUCAUGGAAUCGUCUUUGACAGUAUGGACAACGUCAAGCGAGCCCUGCGCUACUUGAUCAGCGACCCCAUACGGCGAGGACGAGAGUUUCUCCAAGCGCGAGCCGGCCAUUUGGAGUCGGAGACCAAUACGGGCAUCGAAAUCGGUGAUAAUUUUGCCCAGCUCCUUAUUCUCGAGGCCACGAAGGAUAGGACACUCGUCAAUUAUAUGGACCAUCCGAACAAAUGGAAUUUCUUCCGAGAUCAACCGCUCCUCACAACGGAGGAGUUCCCUUUCGAUCUCGAUACGACAUCUAUUGGAACGCUUGCGACGCAGCGCGAUGAUGGGACUGCCAAUCUAGUAAUGGAUGAGAUGCUUCAGUACCGUGAUGAGGAUGGCAUAAUACAAACAUAUUUCGAUCAUGAACGACCGAGGAUAGAUCCCAUCGUCUGUGUCAACGUCUUGAGCCUUUUCUACUCCCGGGGUCGUGGUUCGGAGCUAGCACCGACACUAGAGUGGGUGCGUGGUGUCCUCAAGCACCGCGCGUAUCUCGAUGGAACGCGAUACUACGAGACAGGCGAAUGCUUCCUUUUCUUCCUCAGCCGGCUCUUGCAAUCAACCAAGGACGCCGCCUUGCACGCAUCGUUGAAAUCUUUGUUCGCCGAACGGGUCAAGGAGCGCAUAGGGGCACCAGGGGACGCGCUGGCGCUGGCGAUGCGUAUACUGGCAUGCGCAGCAGUGGGCGUGCGGGACGAGAUCGAUCUUCGAUCACUAUUACCUCUGCAGUGCGAGGAUGGGGGGUGGGAGGCAGGCUGGGUGUACAAGUAUGGGUCUUCGGGAGUCAAGAUCGGCAAUCGUGGCCUCACGACUGCGCUUGCGCUCAAUGCCAUCGAGGCUGUGGAGGGACGUCGCACGAGGCCGAAGUCGGGUAAGAUCAGCCGAGUCAGCCGUCAUUCUGAGGUCGCAGCAGCGCCACGGUCUUCCACCAGCAGUCAUCGUUCUAAUCGCUCGAUCUCAAGGACAUUCCAGGCGUACUUCAAGGCGUCGUGGACAUCGAUGAAACAGGUGGCCGUGGCGUGAAUUGGAGCAUCUUGGAUCGUCCUGUACGGAUAGUGUUGCGCCCGGCUUUCUCUCUGCUCUCUCGUCCACGUCUUGCUGAUUUUUUGCUUACUUGCUUUCGAUACAUUGUUGUUGUACUCCACGGCCCUUGUACGAUCAGGAUCAUCUUGUACUAGAUUACAUUAGUGUGGUACGUUCAAGCUGUUCUCAUGAUCUAUCGAUUUCUCCUCAUC